AUGACUCCCUCCCUUCUACUGUUCGCUGCCCUGGUCUUUCCCCUGGCAUCAGCGUCUCCGGUGAAGAGGCAGGCAACAAGUGGCCUGGAUGCCGACGGAGACGGACUGAUCACCUACGCUGAAGUGUCCGCUGCCAUGUCCCUACACGAGGCCCUAACAGCCCUGGACAGGGACGGCGACGGCUUCAUCUACCUGCCGCAGAUCAUCGAGCUCUGGGGAACCGGAGACAAGUUUUACGAACUGAACACCGACGGCGACGAUCACCUCACCUUCAGGGAGAUUGAGAAUGGGAUGACUCUGCAGGACUUCUACGAGCAGUUUGACUUCAACGGUGACGGGUCUCUGGACGCUGCGGAGGCUUACCAGAUGAACUUCAUCUACGACACCCUGAACGUUCCCCCGUCUGCUGACAACCCCCUGGACUCUAACGGUGAUGGCAGGAUCUCCAGGCUGGAAGUGAUUAGCCACAUGACCUACGAUGAGGUGCUGAUGGCUUUGGACGCGGACGGUAGCCAAACGCUGACGCCUGAAGAGCUGAAUAUUCUGAUGGGCGCCGCGACUGACCAGUUCAUGAACGAUCAGGACAACAACGAUGACGGGGAGAUCGACUACCAGGAGGCGCACAGCCACCGCAUGAGCCUGAUCAGGAUCUUCGGCCGACUCGACUUGGACAAUUGA